AUUUUUCAUCACAUGUUUUAAUUUUUAGUGAACUGAUGAAAAUUGGAAAAAAUGUUUCCAUGUGUUAAAACAUUUGGAGAGAUUUUUCAACUAAUUAGGUUUUAUCAACCUGUGUUAACUGUAAAAGUACUUUCAAGAACUGUUAACACAACUUCUAAACGAUGCCUUAGCUUGUCAUACUGUCAACAUGCCUUGAAGUCAACAAGACGUACCACUGAAGAGUUGAAAGAAGAUGAGCAGGAAGAAGAUGAUUGCAAUGGUGAAAAGGAUCCAUUUUUAAGAAACGAAAUAAAAAAGUUCAAUUUGGGAAAACGUUGGCUUGCAAGGAUGAUGGGAGAAGACCCUGACAAUUUUACCCAGGAGGACAUAGAUGCAGCCAUCCAGUAUUUGCUACCGAGUCACUUAUUUGCAAAGGAUGCCAGACCUAUGCUGAAACAUCCGUAUGAAAUAUUUCCGAGAUCAAAAGAAUCCCAAUUUGAUGAGUAUGGUCGACCCUUUUCGAGUGCGUUUUAUACUGGUAGUCCAAAGUAUUACGACCUCACGUUUCGUGUUUGGGAGGUCAUGGAAAUUCUAAACACUGAACCAUCUGUUGAGGCUAAAAACCCUUCAUCAAGCGGAACUUCGACUGUAAAUGAUGGAAAGUUAAUGCAGUGGAUGAAAAAGUUUCAGUUAGAACAAAAACUUGAUGAGAAUUUGAACGACAAAUUGUACGACACUAUAAUGUUCCGUUUAAAGAAAUUAGCCACACAUGAACGUUCGGGUGAAAUUCAGGAGUUCUUACAGGAAUACCAGGUUCCGGUUUAUACGCCGGGCAAAGAGGAUUUAAAAGAAGUUGACGUGUAUGGAAAUGCUGCUCGUGCCAUGGGUUACAGAAAAACUGCUAUAGCCGAGGUGGUCGUGAAGGAAGGGACUGGUAUGAUAACUGUCAAUAAUAUUCCGCUAUUAGAUUUUUUCCACUUGAGGAACGAUCGAGAACAAGUCAUGUACCCUCUUUUAGUAAUCAACAAUCUAAACAGAUUUGAUAUUGAAGCACAUGUAAUCGGUGGCGGGACGUCUGGUAAGUCCGGUGCAAUAAGACUAGGUAUAAGCCGGGCUAUUGCUGCCUUACGUCCAGAGUAUUUUGAUGCAUUGAAUGGUGCUAAUCUGUUGAUACGUGACCGUCGUCAAAAAGAAAGAAAGAAGCCCGGUCGAAAAAAGGCACGAAAAGGUUUUCAAUGGGUCAAACGAUAGUUUUUAUUUAUAUAUAUAUAUAUAUA